CCUGGACCAGAUGGAGUCUGAAGUGGAGCCUUUACCGCUCUUCCAGUUGGAGGUUCGAUACUGCCCAUGUUAACUUACUUGGUAACAAACUGGUACUUUUAAGUUUUAUACCUCAUUCAUGAGUUGCCUUUGCUUUAGCAGCCAUGGAUGACAAGGCUUCAGUUGGAAAAGUUAGUGUUUCUUCAGACUCGGUAUCCACUCUAAACAGUGAGGAUUUUGUCCUGGUUUCCCGCCAUGGUGAUGACACGCCAUCUACCAAUAAUGGUAGUGAUGAUGAGAAAACAGGACUUAAGAUAGUUGGAAAUGGCAGUGAACAGCAACUACAAAAGGAAUUGGAAGAUGUAUUAAUGGAUUCAUCAAUGGAGGGUCAUCAAGUUGUUAGGGAGCCUUUGGAAGCAAUGCCGGCUUCUGCUACAAGCGAGGAGUCACUGACUGAGGAUAUUUCCUUAACCCCAUCGCCUGUCUAUUCAGGAUUAAUGGUGGUGUCCCAGAAACCAGAUAUGAGUCUACCAAUUAAACCAACACAAGAAGGUAUCGCUUCAGGAAACCUUGUAGACACAUCCAUUAUUGUCAUGGACUCUCCGGACUCAAGUCCCUCUACACCUAUACCAGAGGAAGACAGCAUCUUGUUCAGCAAACUCACAUACUUGGGAUGUGCUUCAGUGAAUGCUCCUCGGAGUGAGGUUGAAGCCCUACGUAUGAUGUCCAUCUUGCGAAGCCAGUGCCAAGUCCGUUUAGAUGUGACUCUCUCGGUGCCUAAUGUUUCAGAAGGAAUUGUGAGACUACUAGAUCCACAAACAAACACUGAAAUAGCAAACUAUCCAAUCUACAAGAUCCUUUUUUGUGUCAGAGGGCAUGAUGGCACUUCUGAGAGCGAUUGCUUUGCCUUCACUGAAAGUCACUACAAUGCAGAAAUUUUCAGGAUUCAUGUCUUUCGAUGUGAAAUACAAGAAGCAGUAAGUCGCAUUCUCUACAGCUUUGCCACAGCCUUCCGACGGUCUGCAAAACAGACUCCCCUAUCAGCAAAUCCACCAACACUAACCCCAGACAGUGAUAUAUUCACAUUUACUGUUUCUUUGGAGAUUAAAGAAGAUGAUGGCAAAGGAUAUUUCAGUGCAGUCCCCAAAGAUAAAGAUAAGCAGUGUUUCAAACUCCGACAAGGAGUGGAAAAGAAGAUUGUGAUCUACGUGCAGCAAGCAUCCAAUAAGGAGCUUAUCAUUGAAAGGUGCUUUGGCCUUCUUCUCAGCCCUGGCAAAGAUGUACGCAACAGUGACAUGCAUCUUUUGGAUUUGGAAUCAAUGGGUAAAAGCUCAGAUGGUAAAUCGUACAUAAUAACUGGUAGCUGGAAUCCCAACACAUCGCAUUUUCAAGCUGUAAAUGAAGAAACACCUAAAGACAAAUUGCUUUAUAUGACAACAGCAGUUGAUUUGGUUGUCACAGAAGUGCAAGAGCCAGUCCGUUUUCUUCUGGAGACCAAAGUCAGAGUAUGUCCGCCUACUGAAAGAAUGUUUUGGCCCUUCAGUAAACGAAGUUAUACGGAGACGUUCUAUUUAAAGCUCAAACAGAUUGAACGAAAGGAAAGAAAAAGCAAUAGUGAUACACUGUAUGAGGUUGCAACUUUGGAAAGUGAAUCUGAACGUGAGCGAAGGAAAACAACAGCAAGUCCAACCAUAGGUUUACCUCAUCAUGGAUCACAGGGAUCCAUCAUCCCUUCACCACCUGAGGAUGAUGAAGAGGAAGAUAAUGAUGAGCCUCUCCUGAGUGGCUCUGGUGAUGUGUCCAAAGAAUGUGGUGAAAAAAUUUUGGAGACGUGGGGAGAUCUGCUGUCAAAGUGGCAUCUAAAUCUGAGUGUAAGACCAAAACCACUGUCUGCCUUAGUAAGAAGUGGUGUCCCUGAGGCUCUACGGGGUGAAGUUUGGCAGCUGCUCGCAGGAUGCCAUAACAAUGACCAGAUGGUAGAAGAUUACAGAAUUCUUAUCACAAAAGAAUCUCCCCAGGAUAGUGCAAUCACCAGGGACAUCAAUCGAACUUUUCCAGCACAUGAUUACUUUAAGGACACUGGAGGAGAUGGUCAGGAUUCCUUGUACAAGAUAUGCAAGGCCUAUUCAGUUUAUGAUGAAGAGAUUGGUUACUGUCAAGGCCAGUCAUUUCUUGCUGCUGUGCUUCUCUUGCAUAUGCCUGAAGAGCAAGCGUUUAGCGUUCUGGUCAAAAUCAUGUUUGAUUACGGACUCAGGGAACUUUUUAAACAAAAUUUUGAAGACUUGCAUUGCAAGUUCUAUCAGCUGGAAAGACUGAUGCAGGAGUAUAUUCCAGAUUUGUACAACCACUUCUUAAACAUCAGUCUUGAAGCACACAUGUAUGCCUCCCAGUGGUUUCUCACUCUGUUCACUGCUAAGUUCCCACUCUAUAUGGUCUUCCACAUCAUUGAUUUGCUGCUCUGUGAGGGGAUAAGUGUUAUCUUCAACGUUGCACUUGCUUUACUGAAGACCUCAAAAGAUGAUCUUCUGUUAACAGACUUUGAAGGGGCCUUAAAGUUUUUCCGUGUCCAGCUUCCUAAAAGGUAUCGCUCUGAGGAAAAUGCUAAAAAGCUGAUGGAGCUGGCUUGCAGUAUGAAGAUCAGUCAGAAAAAGCUUAAGAAAUAUGAAAAGGAAUACUUAGUAAUGCGAGAACAACAAGCUCAACAAGAAGAUCCUGUUGAAAGGUUUGAGCGUGAGAAUAGACGUCUGCAGGAGGCAAAUAUGAGAUUGGAACAAGAAAAUGAUGACCUUGCACACGAACUGGUUACUAGCAAGAUCGCACUCAGGAAAGACUUGGAUAAUGCAGAGGAGAAAGCAGAUGCAUUAAAUAAAGAGCUACUCAUGACCAAGCAAAAGUUAGUCGAUGCAGAAGACGAAAAGAAGAGAUUGGAAAAUGAAGCCACUCAACUGAAGGAGAUGUGCCGGAGAGAACUAGACAAAGCAGAAUCAGAAAUCAAGAAAAACAGCUCAAUCAUCGGUGAUUACAAGCAGAUCUGCUCUCAAUUGAGUGAGAGGUUGGAAAGGCAACAGUCGGGAAACAAAGCUGAGUUGGAACAAAUUCGGCAAAAGGUUGAAGGCUGCGAUCGCUGCAGAGAACUCUUUAACAAGGAGGGGACACUUAAAAUUGUCAGCUCUUCUAAGGAUACCUCAGAUGAAUAUCAAGAUAAAGAAAAAGAGUUAUUGAAGAACCAACUGAGGGAGAUGGAGCUGGAACUGGCUCAGACCAAACUGCAACUGGUGGAGGCAGAGUGCAAAAUACAGGACUUGGAGCAUCAUUUGGGUCUAGCAUUAAAUGAAGUUCAAGCAGCAAAGAAGACCUGGUUCAACAGAACAAUAAGCUCCAUUAAAACAGCGACAGGCGUACAAGGAAAAGAGACUUCAUAAAGUCAACUGGCUGAAUGGAGAAAAUAUACCAACCCUGGUCAAAACGUGCUCACUUCUGAUAUAUACUAGGGGACCAGAAUGUGUAUUUCUUACAUAUACAAUCUGUGGAUUAACAUGGUUAACAGCUCCCAAAAAAAAAGAAAACCCAUAAGAAACAGCUUUUACCUUUAGAGUGGUCUUUAUACUGCUGAUGUUUAACACUCACCAGACCUGUGCUACAGUAGUUUUGGCUCUAUUCUGUUCUCUUGAGACAAGCGGACACUCCAUUCUACUGUCUCAUUUGAGACUUGCACAACUGAAGGUCAAAUUUAGAUACCAGGAAAACAAGCUCUUUCCACUUGAAACAAAAAAAAAAUCUAACCGUUAACUUGAAACAGUUUUUGAUUUUGCAUCUUCUGUAUACUCUUUUUGAUAUCAAUUUAUUUCUGUGUUUUGGAAUCAAAAGGUCGGUAAGUAAGCAAAGGAACACAGCUCCACAGAAAAAGCUGAAUUCAAUGUAGUUUUUAACAUAAUCUGGGUUUCUAGUGGGGAGUCUGUAGAAUGGAGGCCUUUGCACCUUAUGUAUCUAUUUAUAUUGGUUUAUGUUAUGCUGUUAGACACAUCUAUUGUGAGUGUCUGAGAGGCACUGAUUUGUACAUAAAUGUGAAAGUUUGUUUAUUUUUUAAUUCUGCUUUAUUUUUGGUUUCCUAAUGCUGCCUGGUGUAAUAUUUUACCAUAGGGGCUGAUGUGUCUAUGCUAGUGCUUUGUCCUAAUGUCAUACCACUGUCCUAUUUGUUUAAUGCCAAAUGUGUUGUAACUUCCUCAACAUUACGUGUGGACAUUGUAUUAGAAUACAGAAAUUAGGGUGCACUGUGUAUACUUCAUGCAUUGAAAUAUAUACUGGUAAAAACUA